AUGUGUGUCGAAGACAGGAUCAGUAAAUUUUCGGAUCAUAUUCUUUGUCAUAUUUUGUCUUUCCUUCCCAUUAAAGAAGCAGUUCGAACCUCUAUUAUUUCAACCAAGUGGAGAAACCUCUUUGCUUCAAUUUCUAUCAUUGAAUUUGAUGGUGAUUUACUGCGUCGUUUGACUGACAGAAACAUUGACAGCUUCAAGAACUUUGUUGAUAGGUUGCUGAAAUGCCCCGAUCAAGUAAGUUUAGAUUGCUUUAGGCUACGUGAUGGGAUUUCUUCAUGGAAUGAUGGAGAUCAUGAUUUUGAUGUUUCUGGUUGGAUAUGUGCUGCACUGUGCCGUGGUGUUAAGGAAAUUGAUUUGCGAUUAUAUAAUUUUGGAAAUGUUCUACCUGUUUUCUUCACUUGCCACUCACUGGUGAAUCUGACAUUGGAUGCAGUAGAUUCCAAGAUUGAGGUCCCAUCUGACGUUUGUUUAGGGAAUCUGAAGACUUUCUACCUUAUAGAAUCGGUAGUUGUCUGUGAUUCCAUUAAUAGGUUAAUUUCGAAUUGUCAUGUCUUAGAAGAUUUGGUUUUUCUUGAUUGUUCUUUUGGGAAUGCAAGUGAGCUUAAUAUCCAAAGUCCUUUGCUUAAGGAAUUGACACUUUCAUAUUUUAAUCCGAACAUAGACCAUGUGGUGGUGAUUAAUGCUCCAAAUCUUGUUUAUUUUCAAUAUGAAGGUGAAAUAGUUAAAGUUCAUCCUUUGAGUAACAUGAAGUCCCUAGAAAAAGCCUUUUGCAACUUGUUUGGUUCCGAAACAAGUGCAUCUUAUCUUAUCCAAGGAAUUUGCAAUGUACGGUCUUUAACAUUAAAAAUUUCAAAAGAGAUUUUCCCAACAAGUCGGCUUCCUAUAUUUUAUAACCUUAUUGAACUCGAAUUUCACGGAGACAUUUGUUUUGUGGAGUUUCUACAUUGUGUGCCUAAUCUAAAGAAACUUAUCCUCAAAUAUCAGAAAGACGCAGGAGCUCGAUGGAAGGCUUUAUGUAUAAAAAUUCCUUCUUGUUUGUCAUUUCACCUCAAGGAGAUUGAGAUUGAAAUUUCAUGCAUUGACACAUAUAUGAUUGAAAUGGUUAGUUAUUUGUUGGAUAAUGCAAUGGUUCUGGAAAGGCUCAUAAUAAUCAGUACGGAUCGUCUGACUACUACGGCAGAGAAAAGGAAAGUCCGCAACCAAUUAUUGCAGUUAUCAAAGAGUCCAAAGAAAUGUCUAAUUGUGAUUUUGUAG